AUGCGGACGUCGGCAAUAUAGAUAAGAACGGUGACACCGUACUGCAUAUUGCGUGCAAUUUAGCCAAGAGCAAGAGCCAAAAAAUUGUGUCUAUACCCGAAAGUAUCCGAGAUUCACCACUUAUACAUGCUACCUGGAAGAAGUUGGCGAGGCAAGGCGCACAGACUGAAUUAGCAUUAGCUUGUUUCUUGAUAAGCGUGGACAGAAGCUGCAAACUCCUCAUGCAAGUCAGAAACAAUAAGUACAAAACACCUUUCGAUCUUUUGGAAGGCAAGCAACAGGCCGCUCUGUUUGCCUAUUUUCUAGAAAUAGAGAACAAUCCAUCGACUAGUUACGUAGAGCCACCUCCGUAUCGGAUAGAUAAUAUAUCGCAGUCAGAAGAAUUAUCCACGAAGAAAAGAAAAUUCGUUUCUGGCGAUACUCCCGACGCCGCGGAGUAUCGAAAUUACUCUGGGAUCAUAGCAAACACAAAGCAAGAGAACCGAAUUGAUCUUAGCAGUAGUACCACGCUCGUUGAUUGCGACCAUACCGUCAAGACGCAAAUGAUUCAUGAUGAUCAGCUAGAGACAGGCGAAAUCUCCAAAGCCAAUCCGGAUAAAUCGAAGGAUGUAUUGUCGGAGGACAAGCAAAAGAAGGUUAGCAUCAGGGAGAAGGAGAAAGACAAAAGUCUGGAGCCACUUCCACUCCAGAUGUUUCGAUAUUUGCAGACUAAAAUCGAGAAAAUUGAUAAAACGAAUAUAUGCAACAUCUGCGUGGAGCGCCGUUGUAACAUCGCCUUUUUAUGCGGGCACUGCGCGUGUAAGGAGUGCGCCGCUCGGCUGAACUUCUGUCACAUGUGCCGCAAGAUGAUCCAAAAAAAGAUCAUUUUAUAUUAGACUAUCCGAUCAGUAACCGCACCGGAACUUUGAUUACCACGCGGUGCGCGCGUGUACAGCGUGUCUCAAGUGGAAAUGUCGGUGAUAGAACCAGUGAUAAUAAUAAUAAAAUAGUCCUAAUGCAUUCAAUUUUAAACAAUUUGGACACUCCAACACAGCUCAGAACGAAAGACUUGUGUUCGCAGGAAUUUUUUUACUCUUUAUAUUGCACGUUUCCCUCGAAAUAUUCUAUUUGUCCAACAGGAAACUUUGCAAUACGUGGGGUGUCGGCGUAGGAGAAUAUUCACCAAUUAAUCGUAAGGGCACGUGCAUUACGUCAUUCAAUUAUGAUAUUAAACUGUCAAAACGUACAUUUUAUUCCCGCAAACAAUUUGUACGAAAGAAACGAAACUCUUAUAUGGUAAAAAAUAUCGUAUUUAUUGUAUUUAUUGCAAAAUCAUAUAAGGUGUCUUCUUGACAGAUUCGUGCUUUUCUAUUUAAUAAUUUAUUUUUUCUUAAACUAAGAAAUAUUGCAAUAUUUUGUGUAUACACUAUUUAGUGUAUUUAAAGUCAAGAAUUAUAUCUUUAAUUCUUUGUAAUAGCUUUGUAAUUAAGCGAGUAAAUGUAAAAAGGAAUAAAAUAAAAAUGGUAAUUAUAUCAACUUAUCUAGAAGAUUCUUUCAUAUUAUAUUACAAUCAAAUUUAUCUUUACUCUUAAUAAUUUAAAAUUUAUGGACUCAAGAAAAUGCAUUAAACUCUUACAUGUUACUUACAGAAUUAUUUGAUUAAUACUUGCAAUAAGAUUGGAUAAUAAUAUAAAUAGAAAUAAAUUAUUUUGUAUAAUACUAACAGUAACAAUAAACUAAACAGUUACUAAUUUUAAUUCGCGCAGCGGUUUUAAUGAUUAAUUCUCAACUUCGUUGUAUAGGUAUAACGCCGAGUUUCUUGUUAGAAGAGAACUUCGUAAUGAGACGCAUGUAGUAAUGUUAAGCUCCAUCUACUAUAAGUCGCAAAUGCGGAGAAAAAAAUAAAAAAACGUCAAAAAAAGAAAAGAAAGAGAGAAACGUUCGCAUUUGCAAUUUAUGUAAAUGGGGCUUUAAUCUACAUAUUUAUAAUUUCGUGUGUGGUGAUGUCAAGAAACAUUAACGUGUAUUAACAUUAGAAGUUUCCAUACUUUGGAUAUUUUAUUAAAAUAUACAUUUCGUCCGGAAUACAAAAGGAAAAGUUAUAUACACUUGUUUUCUGAAGAGUUUGCGCAAUAAAAUGAUGACAGUAACAAAUGUGAUAUUAGCUGAUAAUAAUAAUAAUAAUAAUAAUAGUAAUAAUAAUACAUCCGCAGUAAUAUAAUAGUACGCAUAAUCUCGCAUAAUUACAAAUUACGAAGGAGGCAAUCAUUUAUAAACGAUGAUAUAUUAAGUUACAUUAUAUAUUAAUUUAUAAUUUGCAGAUUCGCAUUUAGAAUUGCUAGAAUAUAGAAAUAAUAGAACUGCUAAUUGUAUUUCACGAAAACGAGCGCAAAUGAUUUCUCUCCAUCUUUUUUCAUGUCACAACUCAUUUCUUUUUUCGUAUUCUUCAUACGAAAUCGAAGAUCGACUCACUUAUUCGUAAAAGUAGAAAAAGAAAUAAGUUUCUCCAAAUAUCAACGAAUAUUUCGACAUAUCAACAAAGUCGAUAUAUUAAAUAAACUGAUAAUCUCUACAAUUUAUUGCGAAGUCACUUAUUAUAUCUUCUACUUUUCUCAUGUUAUUUAACCCCAUACCGAUAUCUCUCGUUGUAUCGAUUGUAAAGAUUCAACAUAGAUAUGUACAUUUGACGAAGCAGUGCCAUUUCCGUAAAUAGAUGCAAUACCAUUUGGUGUGCGCCUUCUUUCAGCUGAUUUCGAAGACAUUUGUAAAAUCGACAGAAUGUGAAUUCAUAAAGAGUUAAAAAGCGAUUCAAAUCACCAGAUAUGUAUAUUUCAUAUAAUGAAACAAACUACGGACACUUAAUAUGUUUCAGUUUGCGCACCUUUUGUUGAUCUGCAAACUUUUCGUCAUAGCUACCUCUUACGCACAAGAUUAUUUCGUGCAACGUGUAGAAUGCGAUAUAUAUUCCUUUGUACGUAUUCUGCGUGAAUCCUAAAUAUUGUCACUCUCUCCAUAUCUUUUUCCUUAUCUGUCCUUUUACUCCCGUAAUUUCUUAUAUUAUAUAUUCAUAAUUGAAAGUAAUCGCUCCGUCAAAUAAUAAUUUUUUACUCAACGGAAAUUUUCUCUAAACACGCCAGCUGUUAAAUUAAUAUAAUUCGUAAAGUACGUAUAUGUAUGCAAGAAAUAUUCUGAUAA